AUGUUCUGCGAGGUGCUAAGGACCUUCCAUUUGUUCAUAGGGUCUAUCCAUUGCAGUCUGAAUCCAAAUGGUAUUGAUCAUCCUGUCCACACAGAAGGCAUUAACCUCCCACUUGAAGGUGAAGGAGUGGAGUCACUCUCGGUUAAGAACGACAGUACCCAGAAGGUGCCUGAGUCCAAAGAGACACCCAAAAGAGAGCAAGCAGAACCAGAAACUUCAAAGACUGGUACUGUGAAACUGACAAAGCCAGUGGCACUCUGGACACAGCAGGAUGUCUGCAAGUGGUUGAAGAAACACUGCCCUAAUCAGUAUCAAAUCUACAGUGAGUCAUUCAAACAGCAUGACAUAACUGGCCGUGCUUUGCUGAGGCUUACUGACAAAAAGCUUGAACGAAUGGGAAUUGGCCAGGAGAGCCUACGGCAGCAUAUUUUGCAACAAGUUCUUCAGCUGAAAGUUCGAGAAGAAGUGCGAAACCUUCAGUUGCUUACACAAGUGUUAAUGCUUGUGGAGGUUGACAGUCCUGGAGACAAGACUGCACAAUUCACACAGUAAGAACAGCAGGGAUAGCAGCAGAGCAGUUUUCCUUUUGCUACCCAGAGUGACUCACAGCUAAUCUAGAGCUGAGGAGGUAUUUGCAUCUCUGUGGGCUAUUGUGGUGGUAAUUU